UCUACGUUUUUCGUGGUUAGGUUCGUCCGAACUCGUUCUCGCGUUGCCGCGCGCCUCAUCUUUGCAUUUAUCGCGUUAUUUUUGUCACUCGGGGGAUUGCAAUGUUCGCAAGGUGUUUGCCUGUUCGUGAAGCAUUUCUUUCGUUCUAAUUAGCCCAUAGAUGCCCAGAAUUACCGUUACUAAGGUACAGUUUCACGAGUGAACUACAGGCACAAGGUUUAGUUAACGUACAAAAUGUCGUAUCCAGGACAAACCCCGAUGGGUAUCCCUGGCAUGCCGUACAUGGUGAGCGUACCACCACCAAUUAUCGGAGGUGUGAUGCCAAUGCCUCAUAUGGUUCCCACACCAGUUUCUGCUAUGCAAACUUCAUCACCAGCUGUUCGUUAUCAACGUAAUCAGCCACCAAGACCCGAAGCACCGAGGCCGAGACGGGAACGAGAAACAGGCCCACCUGUUACAGUUUUCGUGGGCAAUAUUAUGGAUCGCGCUCCCGAUAUUAUGAUAAGGCAUAUACUCGGUGCUUGUGGACACGUACUCUCAUGGAAAAGAGUCCAAGCUUUUGGUUUUUGUGAAUAUGCUGGUCCAGACGCUGGUCUAAGAGCCAUUCGUAUAUUACAUGACAUGGAAAUUGGCAAUAAGAAAUUAGUUGUCAAAGUUGAUGCUAAAACUAAAGUUGCUUUAGAUCAGUUUAAAGCUGAGAGAAGAAAGAAGUUGAAAGGAGGCUCAUCUCCUUUACAGGAUGAAACAUCAACCGAAUCUAUUGAAUCAGAAGAUAACGACGAUUAUAUGGAUGAUGGAAUGAAGGCUAUAGAUUCCGAAGCUCUAACUCGCAUUCAACAAAUUAUUUCGGAGCAUCUAACUGAUUUAGAAAUAAUUCAAAAUAGUUCAGAAGAACCAAUAAAAACUACAGUCGCAAAGAUUCUCAAUCUGGAUGAUGCUGAAAUCGAAGAAAGUAAGCGCGAUCUAAUCACACGGGAAAUUGGAAAAUUUCGGGAAGUCAUGAAGAAACAAGAAGAAGAGAAGGCUCAAGUGAAAAAGAAACGGGAAGCAGUGGAGAAAGAGGAGCGCGAGAAGCGCGAGAAAGAGCGCAAGGACCGCAAGGACGAGGAGGCCAACAAUAAACAUGACGAGGACGGCGAUCCAGGCAGUCCUCACAAGACCCGAGGUGACAGCACCGGCAGUAGUCGCAGAGAUAAGCGACGUAGCAGAUCGAGGUCUAAGGAUCGAGACCGGGAUAGGGACCGUGGCCGUGGCGACCGAGACCGCGAUGGUGAGCGGCACCGAGAACGAGAGCGGGAGCGCGACCGGGACCGCGAUCGGGAGCGCAAUGAUCGCGGCGAUCGGGCUGAGAGGGAGCGCAGCGAGCGCGACCGCGAGCGUGAAAAAGAGCGCGAGCGGGAGCGGGAGAGAGAACGAGAGCGCGACCGGGAGCGCGAACGCGAAAUCCGGGAGCGGGAACGGGAGCGAGAGCGCGAAGAGGCAAGGAAGACGGAGCGCGAGAUAAUGCGCGAGAGAGAGGAGGAAGAGGAGGCGAAAGAGCGCAAGAAGAACGAGAGGCGGGCGCGCGAGAAGGACGCGGCCUACCAGGAGAGGCUGCGUACCUGGGAGGCCAGGGAGCGUCGCAAGCAGAAGGAAUACGACAAGGAGAAUGAGAAGAAACGCUCGAAGCGAGAGGCGCGCGAGCGCGAAGCCAAGAGGCUCAAGGAAUUCCUCGAGGAUUACGACGACGACCGGGACGACGCUAAGUAUUACAAGGGCAAGGAGCUUUCGCGGCGGCUGGAGGAGCGAGCUGUCGAGGCCGAGGCCGACUCGAGGGACCGGUGCGCCGAGCGUCAGGAGCUCCAAAGACUCAGGGACAAGCUGUACGCGGACUCGAGUUACGCGGACCCGGCGGCGGAGUUCGAGAGACUUAAGGCCGAGCGCGAGGAACAGUACAAGCCGAAGCCGGUUAUAACGAUCAUCGACGAGGACGACGAGAAACCCACUUCGCGCCACAAGGACAAGGAGGCCCAGGAGAUGCCGCCGAUCGAGACCGAGCCCAUCGAGAGCGACAGCGACGAGGCCGCCCACUACGACAACGGGGGCUCCCAGUCUCAGCAGGAGAUAUCAAGGACGCCUCCCCGACCCCACCACCAUCACCAUCGUCGGCAUCACCGGCAUCACCAGAAUCACCACAGGGAGGGCGCCGAAGAUCACGAGGAGGCGCCCAUUGACCUUGAGAGGGAGAGCUCCAAGGACAAGAGGAACAACUCGCCGCCUGUCAUUAGGUCGACGACGCCGCCCCAGGCCCUCAUGCCACCGGCUCACGACGAAGAUUCGCGAAUGUCCCUUGUCAGCGAGUCUGACAAAGUUAGCGGCAGUAAUUUCGUUCCAUUUGCCAUGGCUGUCGGGGGUUCGAGAGGGGAGCACGCAAUUGGCAAUAAAACUCCUGCGAGUCCAAAUACGAUACCCAGCACUCAGAAUUCUAAUCAGUCGAGGAAGAAAGGUCGUAUAGAUGUGAAAGACGUCUUUAAUAACGAUGACGACGAUGAUAGCACAAACAAUUCCAAAAAACGAAAGCUUGUACCUAUUGAUUAUGGUGAAGAAAAGAAAAAGAAGAACGAAGAAUCAGCAAAAAAUUCAAAAGAGGAAAAUUCGAAGUCUCAAGAGGAAAAACGGAAACACAUCAAGUCACUCAUCGAUAAAAUUCCAACGGACAAAAAUGCACUUUUCGGUUAUCAACUUGAUUGGGCUGUUAUCGAUAAUUCACUGAUGGAUAAAAGAAUACGUCCUUGGAUAAAUAAGAAAAUAAUCGAGUACAUCGGUGAGCCAGAGAAUACUUUAGUUGAUUUCAUUUGCAGUAAAGUUAUGGCUGGAAGUUCACCUCAAGGAAUUCUUGACGAUGUACAAAUGGUUCUUGAUGAGGAAGCAGAGGUAUUUGUAGUUAAAAUGUGGAGGUUACUCAUUUAUGAAGUUGAGGCAAAGAAAAUGGGCUUAGUGAAGUGAACAAUCAUUCAUUCAAUAAUGAACUCUAAACAUUUCAAUUUUGAAAUAAUGAACGCUAAUAAAGGACACUGAUAAAUAAGUCGUAAUAUUUAGGUCACAUGUUUAAACUAUAACAUACUAUGAAACAAAUAAUACGUGUAACGAUGACAGAAAGUGUGAAAGACCAUUGUAAGAAAGAAUUGCAAAGCAUGAGAAUGCGAGAGUGACGCGAAAACAAUUUUUAAUUAAAUUGUCAUUUGUAAGAUUCUUAUUGUCUUGUCAUUUAUACCAAAAAAUGCAAGGAAUUCAGAAUUAAUUUUUGAAAAAAGUAAUAAUACAUCUAUUGAUAUUACAUUUUUAAUUGACACAAACGACUCGCACAUUACCUUUCUCUUUUACUCAGUGAUGCAAUUUCUUUACAGUUUUGUCCAUAUUUCUAAUUAUUCUACUUAAGUUUAUUCUGUUUAGUUUACACACAGUUUGUACAUUUAUUAUUGUGUAUUACUAUGUACAAUAAGUAAA